CGUAAUAUUGGAUUAAAUAACGCUUUAAAAUUAUAUGAAAACAAUGCACCACUGUCUAGUCCUUAUUUUCAAUCAUAAUUUAUAUGUUAUAAAUGACAAUUGUGAUACCAAUGUAUGAAUUUUAACUCCAGAUUUGAAUAGGAUCUGACUGAAGACAGUAAUGAAAAUGUUAUGUUAUUUAGCUAUCUUGGUCAUAAGCAGCACGUUCUCAUAUGUUUGUGGGUGUACUUGUGCUCCAUUCGAUCCAGAGAUAGAUUAUUGUGCACGAACCUCGGGAUUUGCUGCUGUGUUUAAAAUCAAAGGCAAUGGUACUGUUGGCGGGUUUAAACUAGCCUAUGAUGUUGAUAUUCUUUACAAAUACGUUUUUGAGGCUCCUGGUGAAACUGUGAACAUAGAUCAGUUAUUUACUGCUAUAUCUGGAUCUAUGUGUGGAAUUCGCUUACGUCCAGAUAGUUUCUAUAUCAUCACGGGAUAUUUUGAAGUAAGACCCGAUCAGCCUACAAAAAUGGUAACUGCACUAUGUUACACACAAGACUACUUCAAAGAGAGUCCUGUCGUAAAUGGUGACCCACCGCCGUGCGAGAGAUCUGACAAACAUGUUGAAUUUUCUGAAUGAUGAAUAUAGUACAUUUAUAUCACUACAUUAAAAAGUGACAUAUUAUACUCGUAUGCCCUCAAUACAUUUAGUAUAUAUAAAAUAUAUUAUAGAUACUAAUUUUAGUCUAAUACAUGUCACUUUAAAACCAUUAAGAUCAAUUUUUAGCAAUUUGAUUGCUUUCCGAUGAAGCGAUGUUUCGGCGCAG